AUGGAGGGAACAAGUUCCUCGAAGAUGCACGUGGCGAAGGCAGAGGCGGAGGCGGGGACGGGGACGAGGAGGCAAGACUCCUACUGCCUCGAAAUGUUCUCUGUGGAAGUCGAAAACAUGAAGCAGGAUCUGACGGGUCUGGAGAAUCUGUACAACAGCCUCUGCGAAUCGAACGAGGAAAUCAAGAAGGCCAAGGAUUCGGCGACGAUGAGGGCAAUCCGGGCCCGGCUCAACGACGACCUCGACGACCUUUUCAAGCUGGCUAAGCAGAUCAACAAGAAAUACGAGGGAAUUGUUCGGGCUAAUGCGGCACAGCGUGGCUCGGGCGAUGACCAGGCCCGGGCCGGGAUGAUCUCGGACCUCGUUGACGCGCUCCAUGGUCUCAUGAGGAGAUUUCAAUCGCUUAGGGGUGAGAUGGAAACUGAUCAUAGGCAGAUCAUUGAAGCCAAGUUCUUCAUGAUCACGCGUGAGAAGCCGACAUCCGAGGCCAUCGACAACCUAAUCGCGAGCGAGACGGCGAGGAGCCCCCUCCCCCACGCCACCCAGGAGCACGGGUGGGACCCAGUGGCCGAGGCUGUGGCGGAGAUCCAGGAGCGGCGCGACGCCAUAAGGGAGGUCCGUAGGAACCUCAUGGCGCUGCACCAAGUCCUCCUGGGAAUAGCCGCGCCGCCCACCUCUGCCGAUGUCGGACAGGGGCAGGGCGGCGGUAGCAAACCCACUGCGGCCAGAGAUACGGCGGAGGCUACACAGCCGGCCGCCGCCGCGACAGGAGGCGGAGGAAAGGGCGGCGGGAUGGGGGCCCUUAAUGAUUACGAGAGGGAGACAAGAAAUCAAGCUUAUAUUGCUAUAGUAAUUGCUUUGGUGAUUAUCAUAGCACUAGUCAUCUCCACUAUUAGAGUGGAUAUUGCAUUGGAAAAUACCGGUCCAUGA